ACACAUUGUUGAUGUUUGCUGUAAGAACUAUGUCAGACAGUAUGCAGUGGGAUUCCUAAUCACGGUCAAUAUUUUCCAACGUCAUCUUUUUUCCACAUAUUCUGUGAGUUAAUCAUUGAUAGAGAGCUCCUCUUCGUCUUGUAUUUGUACGUCAACUCCAUUAAACUCUCAUUUCAUGCAUGUGUGCAAUCACAUGACUCCAUGUUGCUCGUGUUCAGCGCCCUAGGGAUUAAAAUCCGUCAUGGGGUGGAAGUGUUGCACAGCAACCGCAGCUGUGAAAUGGCUGACUGUGGUUGUUGGAGGUUGUGUGAGUCUACACUGCUUGAACCAGCAGAGUCACACUAUCAGCAGUAGAGGAGGGAACUGGUCUGGAGUCAUGAUGCACAUUCUUUUGAUGGGAGCAGACAGCUGUGGAAAAAUAUUGAACAUUAUUUCCCAAGUGACAGGUGACAGAGGCUCCACAUGACUGGCUACUGGCUGAGAUGGCAGUGCAUUAGUGUAAAUUAUGACAGUAACGAAACCUCCUGUGUCCAGCAUAGGGGUUGCUGAAUAAAUAUGUCAGUGCACAGCAGGGUUAUUGCUCUUAUUAUUGUAGCUAUCUUUCUCUAUUUGGUCUGACUGUGUGCCGUUAGGUGGACUCCUGCGUCCAAGAGCUGCAUAGUGACUCCCAUCCAAUUAAAAGUAUUGGUUCAGCUGGAGCCUAUGAACAGAACUGUUUAACCAUUCUCUCCUGCACUGAAUAUAGACUCAGUCAAAGAACUGGCCCUGACACACGGUUACAGAGUAACCAAUCGAUGAAAACCUAAUUUAAGAAAAUCAAUAGAUCAGAUUGCUGUAAUGCUUUUAUUAUAGUGUGAGAAAGUUACCUGUGCAUGAGUCACUGAGUGAGUGGGUGGACAGGUCCAGCUACGAGGGUGUGUUUGGCUCAUGUCUAUUUCUAAAAGUACGUCAGAGCUGUAAUGGCUGUAAUGAUAGUGACAAACAUGUUCAGUGAAGUGUUGAGAUGGAUGUUCACUGUAAAAAAAAAAAAAAAUCUGUUAUUUAAAAAGUGAAAGAGAAUUUGGCAUUGCGACACAGCACACCUCUGCUUUUCACCCAUCGCCAAAGUGACCAGGGGGCAGAGUGUGGGGACUCAAACGUGAAAUCUUCCGGACCUAAAUCCGCUUCCUUAACCACAAAGCCACCGCAGCACCUUAACUUGCUUUUUGAGUAAUUUCUGGGACUUUUUAUUAUUUUGCAUUUUUUCGUGCUUGUUGACCUGAUAAAUUAGAUUUUUGCUGAAAGAUUAAAAAAAAAAAAUUCUAAAAAAUAUCUGAAAUGCUUUAAUUUAAUGAACAGUAUGUCAACAAGAAAAAACAUUUGAAAAAUAUUUUGCCAAAAAUGUCAUUAGAAUUUUAAACUUCUUGUACUGGUUGGUUGUUUGGUUUGGCUCCCUCACCACCCCAGACCUCUCUCUCUCGUUCUCUCUCUCUCACUCACCCACAGCUCUCUCUCCCUCUCUCUCUCUCUCUCUCUCCUUCUCUCUCUCUCUCUCUCCCUCCUCUGUACAUGGUGUUCAUGGUAAUAAGCAUUGCAGCAGUGGUUUUCUUGUGUCGCCUAUACCCAACUCUUGGCUUGUAAUUCAUUUUCUUCUGUGAUUGUGUGUUUGAAUGUGAGAGAAAGAGAUCGGGUGAGAGACGAUACGUUGGCUGCACUGCAGCAGAUUCAGAACCUUGUGUCUUUGUAGCUUUUUAUAAAAUUAGGAUUAUUAAGGAAACUUCACUAUGGUGAUUUUAGUGUGUGAUAAUUGGAUUAGUGCGUGUUGUGUGUCUUUGUGUGUGUGCACCCUGCUGGGUGGAUUAUGCUGUGUUCUUGGUGUUGUCAGUUUUGUGAGAAAGAUAAAAAAAUAUUCUCGCUGCUCGAAGUGUAGCUGUACAACAGUGAUGAGAAAGAAAGAGAUAGAGAGACAGAGGGGGAGUGGAGUUGGAGGGAGAGGGGAGAGAGAGAGAGAGGUCUGGGGUGGUGAGGGAGCGAAGCCAACCAACCAGUACAAGAAAAGAGAAAAAGAUGGAAGAGAGAGAGAGAAAGGGACGACGUGAACGUGGUGAACAGCAGGAGGAGGGGAGCAUAGUGAGGGAGUGAGGGAGGGAGGGAUGGGGAGAUUUGCUGGAGCGAGCUGAUAGAAGUGUUACUACAGAGCUGCUGCUGCAGCUGCUGCUGGAGAGCCGAGGAUAAUGCUCCGUCCCUCAGAGUGCAGCAGAACACGGGAUACCUUCACAUUUCUUCUUUGAGGAGGGGGUGGGGGUCACCGAUGGUGCAGUGGUGAUUGUCCUUUCUUUUUUUUUUCCCUCUUCUGUCACCACAGUCUUCUUCAUUAUCUUCCUCCUCCUGCUCGCCCCUCCUCACUGCAACUGGCAACCACUGAGCCCUCGCUCUUCUCCUGUCUCCUCUUCCACUUCUGUCCCCUGUCUUGAAGAGGGAUUUCUGUGUUUCUUCAGGGAUUGUAUAUACAUGACUCUGUGGGAAUGAUGGUGUUGACACCGGUGCUUCCAUCUCUGGUGCCAUGACAAUGCCAUUCAGCCCCCUGUCCAGCGACGAGGAGCAACAAAGAAUGCUGGGAAACAGUCGACAUCUUUAUCCAGGGGCAGAAGACGAGGAGGAGGAGGAGGAGGAAGAGGAGGAAGAAAUGGACGACGAUCGUGAUGAGGAUGGGGAAGAAGAGGAGAACGGAGAGUUGGAGGGUGAGGAGGAAGACGACGACGAAGAGAUGAUGGAGGAGGUCAGACGAGGAGGCCUGUCGAGGGCUGGCCGAGGUGAAGGUCACAGACAGUCGGGCAGAAUGGCCGCGAGGUCCAACGUGGACAGACAGGUGCGGUCAGGGAAUCCUGCGCAUACAGUAAACCCGUACUCAUCCAAUCCUGGGAACACACACCAACAGGCAGCCAAUCAGAUGCAGCAGCCACAACAAAGGAGGUUGAAGGAGCGCACCAUCAACUCCAUGCCCUCUGAGGAUGCCCACAUUGCAAUGAUGGUGUUUCGAAUUGGGAUCCCAGACAUAAAGCAAACGAAGUGUUUGCGGUUUAACCCAGAUGCCACGGUGUGGAAGGCCAAGCAGCAGGUGCUGUGCUCCCUCACCGAAUCACUGAGGGACGUCCUUAACUACGGUCUGUUCCAGCCCGCCACUGACGGCCAUGAUGCCAAGUUCUUGGAAGAGGAGCGGCUGCUCAAAGAGUACCCACAAUCCUUUGAGAAAGGGGUGCCAUAUUUGGAGUUUCGAUACAAGACCAGAGUUUACAAGCAGACCAACCUGGAUGAGAAGCAACUAGCCAAACUGCACACUAAGGCCAGUCUGAAGAAAUUCAUGGAUUACAUCCAAACCAGCGCUGUGGACAAGAUGGCCAAGUUCUUGGACAAGGGGCUUGAUCCCAACUAUCAGGACAGUGACACUGGUGAGACUGCUUUGUCCCUGGCUGUCCAAUGUGAACCAGGUGGAGGUGAGUCCAUUCGGGUUCUUGUGGAUGGCGGAGCUCAUAUUGACUUCCGUGCCAAAGAUGGACUCACACCUCUACACAAGGCUGUGAGAGGACACCGCCAUACUGCCCUGCUGGUCCUGUUGUCUCUAGGUGCGUCCCCAGACUACAAGGACCGACGAGGGCUGACACCGCUUUACCACACUGUGCUGACAGGGGGCGACACCUCCUGCUGUGAAACACUGCUAUACCACCACGCCAAGCUGGGCAUCAGGGAUGAGAACGGCUGGGAUGAGACACAUCAGGCCUGUCAGCAUGGCAACUCACAGCACCUGGAGCACCUCCUCUUCUAUGGGGCAGAUUCCAGCUCCCAGAAUGCCUCUGGAAACACUGCCUUGCACAUAUGUGCUUUAUACAACAAAGAAAGCUGUGCACGAAUUCUGCUCUACCGUGGUGCAAAUAAAGACACGAAGAAUAACAGUGGGCAGACUCCCUUUCAGGUGGCUGUCAUGUCCGGCCAUUUUGAACUGGGAGAAAUAAUUAAAAACCAUCGGGAUACAGAUGUGGUUCCCUUUGUGGAGUCUCCAAAGUUUGCUCCUCAGAGGAAACAGCCUUCCCGCACACUGACCAUACCCCAUCCUCACCCCUUCCUACGGGCCAACAGUGACAGCAGCAUGAACCUUCCUGAAUGGAUGGCAGUUCCCAACGCUCCCAUCACGAACAUCGUCUCUGUUCAGGGUUACAAACAUACUGGAACCCUGCGGAGCUCUAGCAGCCCCAGAGGAGCAAGAACACGUUCUCCGUCACGAGGGAGGAUUGGAGACAAGGAGGACCGCAGCAGGCAGAGUCGGAGGCAGGGGCCGGCCCCCACUACGACCACCACCAUACAGACAGCGGGGCAAAGGAGACGCCUCUACAGUGCCGUCCCGGGUCGAGUCUUUGUAGCUACUCGAGCACAUUCAGCACAGGGAGAGCGAGAAAUCAGCUUUAAUAAAGGAGACAGGGUUAAAGUGUUGAGCGUUGGUGAGGGCGGAUACUGGGAGGGCACUGUCAGAGGUCGCACAGGCUGGUUCCCCUCUGACUGUGUAGAGGAAGUGAUUCUCCGGAGCCAAGAGACACGAUCAGAGAGUCGUGGAGAAAGGGCAAAAAGACUGUUCCGUCAUUACACAGUGGGUUCCUACGACAGCUUUGAUGCUCCUAGUGACUACAUAAUCAAAGAGAAGACAGUGCUCCUUCAGAAAAAAGACAGCGAAGGCUUUGGCUUUGUGCUGAGAGGAGCAAAAGCCCAGACCCCUAUCGAGGAGUUCACCCCUACCCCAGCUUUCCCUGCCCUGCAGUACCUGGAGUCAGUGGAUGAAGGUGGUGUGGCCUGGAGGGCAGGUCUCAGGAUGGGGGAUUUCCUAAUAGAGGUCAAUGGUCAGAAUGUGGUUAAAGUGGGUCACCGGCAAGUCGUCAACAUGAUCAGACAAGGUGGCAACAGCCUCAUGGUCAAGGUGGUCAUGGUAACCCGCAACCCUGGCAUGGAGGAUGGUGCAAGAAAAAAGAUUCCUCAGCAGAGUAAGAGGCUCAGCACUCCCGCCAUUGCUAUACGAUCCAAAUCCAUGACUUCAGAGCUGGAGGAGAUGGUGGAACGAGCUGCUACCCCUUGGAAAAAAAAGUCAGAAUUCGAAUCCUCGCAAGUUACAGAAAAGAAGAGGACAGUUUACCAGAUGGCUUUGAAUAAACUCGAUGAAAUUCUUGCAGCAGCUCAGCAGACAAUCAGCACCAAUGAGACACCAGGGACACGUGGACAGGGGGCAAAAAGAGACAGAGGGCGAAGUUUUUAUGGCAAUGAGCAGAGUUUUGGGGAUCAGUCCGGCAUGGGUUUGAUGUCGUCAGGUUUAGGCCUUGGGUAUGACCGUGGACAGUUCACCUCAGGUCAUGGCCCACCGCACGGUAUGCUGCGGCAGAAAUCCAUCGGGGUGCCAGAGGAGGAGAGGCAGUUCCUGCAUCCCCCGGCCAUGAAGUUUACACGCAGUCUGUCGGUGCCUGGUCCAGAUGACAUCCCUCCUCCUCCCACCACUGCUCCACCAGAUCCUCCAUUUUCCUCGGCUCCGCCUCUGGGUUGGAGAGCCAAGACGUCCCAGCAACCCUCCGUCUCUGUUUCCCAGUCCACUUCCACCUCUGCACACUAUCAGCCCUACUCCCAGUCAGUGCACUUCACCCAUGGAGGCAGGGAGAGAUCAGGUGCUCCCUCCACCGGCCCUGGCAGUGGAGCUGUUGACCACACAGUCCCAUAUGCACAUGCUGCUGCCCACACUGCUCAGAGCCGGACUGCUUCCAGGAAAGUUGCUUACUCUGGGGAGCCUGUUGGAGGUGGCAUAGGAGGAAGUACAAAAGCAGCAGGUUUAAGGAGAGGCUACAGCACCGCUGUACCUCCUUCCAGUAUUGCCACUGUAAUUCCACAACAGCAACAGACUACGCAAAGUCAACCGCAGCGAACAGACCGAACUGUCAGUGGGGCUGGAGCAGGGGGGCCUAAAGGAGGAGCUCGAAGAGGUAAGGGUCCCCUCGUCAAGCAAUCUAAGGUAGAGGACCUGCGCGUGGGUCAAGGCACAUUAGGAGGCAAAGGCUCAGUGGAGAAAAGCUCCAUCCCUAUACCCACAAUAAUUGUCAAGGCUCCUUCAACCAGCAGCAGUGGACGCAGCAGCCAGGGCAGCAGUGUUGAGGCUGAUGCUCCUGCAACAGGGGAGACAGAUGACGCCAAAACACCUCAUGGCCCUCCUCCCUCCACUCCUGCUCCUCAACCUCCCGCCCCUCCAUCCAUUCCAGCACCUCCACCGCCCUCCUUGCCAUCAAUCCGAGCCCAGGAAAAUUUGGACUUUACCAGCCAGUUUGGUGCUGCCAUUGUUGGGGCAGCUCGAAGAGACAGAGAACGUUUUCAUGAAGCCCGUAAAAAGAGUGCCUCCUUGUUCAUGUCUGCUGAGGAGGACACAAGUCUUGGGGGAGUAAGCGAUGGAGUGGCAUUAACAAGGACUCAGGUGUCACAACAACAGCUUACUACACAGGCUGAUGGUUCCUCUGCGCGGCUACGCCCGUCCAAGUCCAUUGACGAGGGCAUGUUUUCUGGAGAUACUUUCAUACACCACACUCGUAGUAUGCCUCCAGCCUUUGGUUUACCUGAAUACUCCUCACCUGCUGUGGACUAUCAACCAAAGUCUGUGCCUACUGAUCUGUACACUACAGCAGGCAGGCCAACAGCUCCAUCCACUAGCACAUUUAUUCACCCUCUCACAGGUAAGGCGCUUGAUCCUUCAUCUCCUCUAGGCUUAGCCCUGGCUGCUAGAGAACGUGCCCUGAGAGAUGACAGCAGGUAUAGGAGAGGAGCUGAGCACCAGUUUAGUCGCCAAAUGUCAAGUGUGGUAUUUCCUUCAUCUGCUGUUACAUCUCAACCAGUGUCGUCUGCUGCUCAGUCUUCCAGCUCCUCAUACUUGGUCACUUCAUCCUCUUUAGCUGCAACUACGCCUACUGUUGGUCGUCCGCCAUCACCCAGAAUCCUCAGGGGCAUUGGCAAUGUGUGGGGUGAAGAUGGUGGUCCAGAGAGAGAGCGGGAAGGUGGAGGCGCUCGCGAGGGGCUCAGAGUUCGCUUCUCAGAGGAUAAGACAGUACACACACACCACUACCAGGCCCAGUCAUAUCAACAACCUUACAAGGAGAGGGAGCGGGAGAGGUCUAGGGAGCGAGAAAGGGAGAGGGACAAAGAGAGAGAGGGCUACAUGAGAAGGGCAGAGCACACAGCAUCUGCAGAAAGCUCUGUCCGGCAGGGGACGCAGUCUCAGGUGCCUCAGAGGCCGUCUUUUCUCAGGAUGGAAAGUCAAGCUGAUGCCUAUAUCUUGUCCCUCACACCUCCCUCUCCUCCACCUACCAGUGUUCAGCAGACUACUGGCAGCUCUGGAACUGGCCUCAUGGUUCUUCCUCCCCCCGCCCCUUCGGUUGAUGCUGAUGAUGAGUUUGUGUAUGCAGAGCCCCUCCCACCUCCGCUAGAGUUUGCUAACAGUUUCGACAGGGGUAUAGGUGUAAUGUCUGGGUACUCACAACGUGGGAAGCUCCAGAACAGCCACAACUCUCGACAACAACAAGUACCACCCCCUCCUCCACCACCACCUCCACCCCCACCACCACCGUCUACCACCUCUCAAAAAGAACAAUUUCCAAGUGGAUUUCCUGCUCACACACCCCUGCCCUCACCUCAGGCAGGGGAUUCCACUGCUUCUAGCCUCACAUCUUAUGACAGUGAGGUGGCUAACCUAACUCAGUCUGUUCCCUCCCCCUCUCAAACAUCACCCAAUCCUCCACCACCCCACUCACCCUCCACUUUGCAGCCAACUUCAAUAGUAGGACCACAUGUUCAGCCGUCAGUCUCACCACCGCCACCUACUGGAUCGUACCACAGACCCUUCUCUAUGUCCCAUCCUCACCAUCUUUACAACAGCACUCAUACGCCGGGGCGCUCUUCUCCUACUCCUCCCCUGCACACAGUCACACCCCCCCUUGCCUACCGUGGUCCCCCAGCACACUCCUCCAGCCCUGCCACCUCUGCUCCUUUUCGGGGCACUGCCUCGCAUGCUACGACCGCUAGCUGUGCUAUUUCAACCACCGCUGCUGCCACAACAAGCACCACCUCGACUCAGCUCUACCAGGAGCGGACACAUACCACACAUUCAACACCCUCCACCACAAUCACAGCUGCGCGUAGAACGGCAGAACACCACCGCCCUCCACCUGCUACCAAGAAAGGCGAGUCCCAAGAAACAGUUGUGGACUCUGGAAUUGAGGAGCUAGACAGUCGCAGUAGCAGUGACCACCACUUGGACAGCAUCCUAGCUCAGACUGGAGUGGGUGGGCGAGGUGACAGGCUGGACAGGGGAGAGAGAGGGGUGGGAGCUGGGGGAAGGAUGGGAGGUGGUGUAGGAGAAUCGGAAAGGGGAGGAGAUUUUUUGGAAUCUUACAUGAGUUAUUUAGAUGGACAAUCAUUUGAGAUGCAGAAUGCGACAGCAGCAGCGUCCACCUACCCAAAAGCCAACAGGUUCAGAGAAGGGCGAGCUGGAGAGCUGCACAGACAGACCAGUACUGCUCCGGCAUCUUUCCAUUCUCACAGACGGAGAGAUGAGCUGGAGGACAAUGAAGCUGAAGAGAGAGCAGGGGAGGACGACAGUGGCCAGGGUGGGUACACUGUGAGGACCAUGCAGUCCGUGGCAAGAUCCACUUCACCAUACUUUGAUCGACCGCGCACUCCUGAUAUGAAGCCACUCUGGGGUGAAGGGCAGAUGACAAGUGAUGAAGAUGGCACAUCUGGAACAUUUUUAGAGGGAAAGAAGAUUUACCCACCUGCUUCCAGUAUGAAGCCCAGCAUUAUUAAUGAACUGAGCAACAAACUGCACCAAAGGAGCAAAGAGAGCUGGAGCAGCCAGAGACCGUUGAGUAGACACAGAUUUUCAGAAGACUCCGUUUCAGCUCUCAGCCCUCCCUCUGUGCGAUCACUGUCUCCGUCUCCAAUCUCGUUGUCACAGCCAUCAUUGUCUCCGUCUCCAACACCUACAUCCCAGUAUCCUAACUGGGGACGAUCUCCAUCUCCUCAGCCUCCACCUGCUCAGCCACCACGUUGCCAUUCCCCACUUUCCCCAACAUCUUACUCCCCCUAUCCCACCUCUCCCAAACACAGACCUGUGUACCGUACCAAAGCUCUAGAAUUUAAAUUCAUCCCCAGUCGCGAGACUCGUAAAGCAGAACACAUGCAGCGCAGACGAGCCCCUAGCCCGCUCAUCUCUCCCUCCGAGAGACCCAAACUGGGACCACCGCGUCCAUCUUCUCUUCCUCUACUCCCUACCACACCACUAUAUAGUGCAAUGUAUGAUCUUCAGGGUUCAAUCACCCCACCAUCACCUGGGAAUCCUCUCGGUGAUCCUUACUUCUCGCCAUCUCCUCCCCUCUUUGCCCCCUCAGGGGCACCCCCUCCUCCAAACUCUACUUUAGUGGUUUCACGAUCCCUCUCACCAACUCACUUCUUGUCUGGGACUUCAUCUCCACCCCUGCAUCCCCUCCCUCCACCUCCCUGCCUGAGUUAUCCCCAUUUGCCACCUCCUUCCCCGACAAAGCCAUUUGCCUCCAAACCGUUGCCCUACUGGACCAAGUAUGACGUUGCAGACUGGCUAGCGUACCUGAACCUAGGUGAGCACAGAGAGCGUUUUCUGGAUAAUGAAAUUGAUGGAACUCAUCUGCCUUCACUAACCAAGGAUGAUUACCUGGACCUGGGUGUGACACGAGUGGGCCAUCGCAUGAACAUAGAGCGGGCCCUCAGGAACGUGAUUGACAGGCUGUCCAGCAGUCCGUUUCCCAUUUCUGUUCUCUCACCACGGGAUGGACAGAAUGAGAGGAGGAGGGACGAUGGGAGCCGGAGCUGAUAUUGCAAAUAUAGAGAUGGAAGAGGGGGAAAAGAGGGAUGAAAGAAGGAGAUGAAGGAUGGUUUGGAGGCAAUGAGGGAUGAAGACACAACUGCUACUGUCCAUGGUGGAUUCACACAACAAAUAUGGAAUGGGGGGGGGGGCAGAUUUCACACGGAGAACAACAGAGAGAGGGAUACAAGUCUCAAAGGGAGAUUCCUAUGGGGGGGGGGGGGUCUGAUGAUCCACUAAGGCACUGGCUGGCACUCCCUGGAUGUGAAGAAUAGAUUUACUGCCCCACACACUGACAUAUGCAUGCACGGUCACACAAUCAAUAAGCACCUCCUCAUCCAAAACGCUUAUGGAAGAACUAUGGAUGCAGUAAAUCACAUCUCUAAAGUUAUACAUACUGAUAAAACCCAAAUCUAACAAAACAAUGAGGAGCCAGUAAAUUCUUUAAACAAAAAAGGGCAGAGGUCGAGGGAGGAGGGUCAGCUCUGUGUAGCCAUCCUGUUGAAAAGUCCUGUUAGCCACUGGACAGCUGUUUGAAAGUGAAAUCUGAGAAUAUUUACAGUGCAAUCACUGCGGCCCCUCCUCCCUGUGUUGGAGAUGCUUAUGUCAUAGAAGGUGAUGGGUGUUUGAGACUGACUGUUGUCCGUUCAUCUGUGAUGAAGACAGAUAUAUACUCUGGGUGAGGACACACACAGUUACCCACAGCAUCCUUGGUUCAGGCCUCGGUGGCUCUAUCUGUGUGUGUGUGUGUGUGUGUGUGGCUUCGUAACAUCACGUUUUUACCUUGCCAGCGGUAAAACUCUGUCGCCACUGAGGCUCCUGUCUUCAGGAUCUUGUGUGUUUCUCUAUAGUUCUUUAUCAAGUCGAUAUAUAUAUAUAUUUAUAUAUAUAUAUACAUAUAUACACAUAUAUACAGACUGGUCACUGUAUGAAAAAUUUGUAGCAAAAAUAAGUGCCCAGACCAACAACAUAAAAAAAAGACACUGAUAUGCACACACGCACACACAGGCACCCAUGUUACUCCUAUAGAUGCCUGCAUGCAUACACCACCGUAGACCAACACACACGCACAGGCACUCAGCUGUGCUUGUGUUGAGCGUUAAUGGGACACCUUAUAUAUAGACAUAUUAUAUGUUUGGAUCUGAGCUGAACAAAGGUACGGACUGUGAUUUCAACAUUAAAGACAGGACAAGUGACAACAUGGAGAUUUUAUUUACAGGAAAAGACACUUCCUUAGCAUUGAAGCAACAGCUGUGCCCCCCUACAGACCUUCUGCCCAAGGGAGACGUGACAUGAGUGGGGAUGGGGAAGAGGAAAAACUGCCAUUUUCUUGCUCUUUCCCACCCAAUCCCCCCCAAUCUUUCCUUUAGUGCCCCGUCUCUGUCCACUGUGUCCAGGAGGACAGAAGCAUCCACGUGGCCCAUAUAUAUAUGGAGAGUAACACUUAUAUUGAAUUUUAAUACUACGGUUGUUCUUACAGUUUUUAAACUUUAAAUGAGAAUACUGAUAUGAAGAGAUUUAUUGUUACUACACGUCAUUACUAUCAUCGUCCUUAGUGUUAUUACAGCUCCAGAGAUUUACCGGUUCCAGCCUGUUUGGUUGCAGGCCGCGCUCCGUGCAGCUGGUACAUUUUCUGUGUUGGAUGCAUAUAUUUAAAUAAAAAUGUAUAUGUGGAGAUAUUUUUUGAACUGAAAGACGAGGACUAAUCAUUGAAUGCACUAUACCCUUACCAUUGCUUCCAGAGGAUGAGAAGCAUCGCAGCUCAAGGUGGAGCACAUCGUCGUCGUCACUUUCUUUACCCCUUGUUUUGACUUUACAGAUUUUUUUUUAAAUUAUGUUGACGUGUGCCUUUUUUCCCCUCCUAUUUUAAAACACUUUUCCCAAUAUGUAUUAUGCACAUGCUUACCGCAUCGCUCUUGAAAGCAAAAGAGACGUGUUUUCUAUCACAACUUAAAAACACUGAAUUUCUUUUCAGUCCCUCUCCAUUGGUCACCUGUGAAAAUACUUUAUUGUUGUCCACGCGUCAACUUAGAGCUUAUUCACAUCCCACAUUCUUGGUCCUGCUUUUCUCACUGUUGCUGAGAUUAAAUAUAAGGGCUCUCUCAUGACCUCUCUACCUUGAACAACACUUCACCUCUCCUCCUGCGUUCCUGACUGUAGACACAUAUCAAACAUGAUUUUAUAUGGGGGGAGGGGCGCCCGGACGGGGAGGUCGCCACCUGCCCCGACACCUGCCGUCCCUUAUCGUCUAUUUUUGCUAGAAGAAAACUAAGCUGAGAGUCAACACAUUAUAUACAUGACUGUGAAAACAUGGAGUAAAGAUAGAUUUAAAAAACAAACAAACAUUGCUUUCAAAGUUAAUGUGCUGUGUUGGUGGUCGAGAUUAUAUUUGAGUGGAAGAAAUAAAUAGCAAUAAGGACGAUGAAAAUAAUGAUCUAAUUAUGGUAUAAGGUGUAAAAAAAAAAAACAAAACGAAAAAGUCUCUAAAGAAAAAGUUCUAAAGAAUCUCUGUCUUCCAGAUGUUUAACAUGAAGUAAAAAUGUAUUUAUUUAAAUGUGCUGCUUUCUAUACAGUUUGACCCGUUCUCCUCAUCCACACCUUCCUUUUCGACCCACCAGGAGCUUCAUACUGCAUUCAUUGUUUGUGUUCUAGUAUUUGUUUUUACAAAGUACUUUACGCAGCAGCCAGCAUGUACCACUCUGCUCAUGGCUCGUCAUUAAUUACAAGCAUAUUUUGCAAUGAAAUGUCGUUAGCACUCGUGGUUUCCACAUUGAAGAAGCUCAGUCCAAACAGGGAAAGGGGCACGGGGUCAGAGUGGUUUUGGAGCAAAACGGUUUCCUACACGUCACUCGUUCAUAUUUAAUCCAAUCCUGCUUCAUUUUCAACUGCUAUCUUUGAUGCUGGUGUAAAUGGAGCCCGUGAUCAACCUUGAACUCAACAUUUUCAACACUUCUCUUUCCGACACAUUUGUUGUAUAGUCGACCGGUGAGAUAUUAUUUUUGAAGAAUUGUUUUUAAUCCUUUCAUGCACUUACUGGUCAAGGUCAACACACAGCUGUCUAAUGAAGAAGUUAAAGAUCGAAACAGGAAUUGGUCCGACUCUAUAGAAAGCAUCGUUUUCUUUUGAGAGAUCUUUUAAAAAAAUAUGAACUGAUGAAAAGGUUACUUACAGAAUAUAUAUGUAUAUGUAAGAUGCAUAUACACAUAUUCAUAUAAUCAUGAAUUUCAAAUGUUUUAAGAGAUAAUAAAUUGUUAGAAUUAUAAGAUACAGAAAAAUGUUGUGUAAUUCUGGAGUGAGACUUUGUCAACAGCUGCAUCAGUACAUUGUAAUUUCUCUACAUUGUGGAAAUACACAACCUGCAUAUCAUACAAAUCCUGUUUCAUGAGGUCUUAGUAAUUUUCAAAUGUUUUUUCACAUUUCAGUGGUUAGGGUGAAUUCAGUUUGGUUGAAAAUAAUACAUUUUCACAAUUGUGAAAAAGUCUGCCUAUGAGUAAAUAAAACUAAAGAAUGGUCCUGUUGAUGAAGGCUAGCAUGUCAGACACCGCCGUUUCCAUUAGCCCCAGGAAACCGUAACCCACAACAAUUGAAAACCAGUUUGUUCAACAUAAGUUGUCAGAUUUUAGAAUGGGGGAAUAGUUAGCUUCACAAAACAAUUGCUCUGAAGUCACUCAUGUCUUAUUUCAGCAG